UACAGAACAGUGAAGAUGAGAAAGAAUAUAAUUCAACUAAUGGAAGAGACAGAGAAGAAGACAGCAUGCUUAAGACCAAAUGUGACUAUGAUGAAAAACAAGAUGGAAUUUUGAAGUCUGAGCUGGUAGAAAUUGGAGAAGAACCCAGGAUCCUUUAUAACUGCAGGCCAGAGUAUGGAGACUAUGAUCCUAUGGAACUGGAGAGGCAUUCUGAUCCAUGUGACCUUGUCAAAUCAAGUACUGCAAAACUGAAGUGUGACAUCUGUGGAUUGGGCUGUGUCAGCCUCAACGUUCUCGUGGUUCACAAACGCAGCCAUACUGGUGAGCGCCCUUUCCAUUGUAAUCAGUGUGGAGCCUCAUUUACUCAGAAAGGAAAUCUUCUCCGCCAUGUUAAACUUCACACUGGGGAAAAGCCAUUCAAAUGUCAUCUUUGUAGCUAUGCUUGUCAAAGAAGAGACGCGCUCACAGGUCACUUAAGGACACAUUCUGAAAGUUCAGAGAGAAGGCACAUCAGAACUGAAAUGGGGACUGAGCGGGCCCUUGUCCUGGACCGCUUAGCAAGCAAUGUUGCCAAACGAAAACGUUCCAUGCCACAGAAAUUUAUUGGUGAAAAACAUCCCAACUUUGAAGUGAAUUACAGCCAUGGCUUUUUAUAUGAAAAGGAAAGAGGGGCUAUGCUGCCAGGCAUGGCAGAGCAAGCCUUCAGCAAUGCCAUUGGCUAUCUUGGUGCAGAACCAGCUCGCUCACUCAUGCAGACCUCAGCUGCUCCAACUUCAGAGAUGGUGCCUGUUAUCAGCAGCCUGUACCCUCUUACAUUCACUCACACUGAAAUGCCCAAUAAUAACCCGCUGAAAAUGGAAAAGAGUGACACCCAUCCGAGAGACAAGAUACCUACUGAGCGAAGCCUUUCUCCAAACAAUAGUGGUCAACAUUCUACAGAUUCAGAUAACAAUCAAGAAGAGAACCAGAAUCAUGCCUAUCUUCAAAAUCAAAUGGUUCCUCCUCCUUUGCAGACCAGGAAUGGACUCCUGACUUUCAAGGAACUCCCUAGAGCAUACGACACGUUUAGACAACCAAACGUUUAUCCUUAUGAUGCCUUGAAAGUCUUCAACAAAGAAGGUGAACCCAUUGGAUUCUUUCGAUGUGAUCAUUGCCGUGUUCUUUUCUUGGAUUAUGUUAUGUUCACUAUCCAUAUGGGAUGUCAUGGUUUUCGUGACCCUUUUGAAUGUAAUAUGUGUGGGCACAGGAGCCAUGACAAAUAUGAGUUCUCCUCCCACAUAAUUAGGGGUGAGCACAGAAUGGGUCUGAUAUAAGUGCAAAAUUACUCUAUUAUUUUCCGAGACUCCAUGUGCAUCUGUAUUGCAAAAUC